AUGCCUGUCGCACUAGCACCGAAUCCCGAUCCUGUGUUUUACUUGAUCGGAGAUGAAGUAUCAACAGCAAAGUCUGUAACUGUUGAUUCCAAAUGGAAGAUCGAAGACGUCAAGCGUGCUGUGGGCGCUGCUUUUCACGUUGCUGCACCACUUGGCCUGACCUUCCAUGGAGAAAAUGAACAAGAACUCUUGUCAGUGGACGCAAUACUUUCUGCACCCUCACAAACUACACCUAUUGGCCUCCGCGUUGAUGGCCAGGCAGUCCAGAGCCCCCAGGGGCCCGAGGGUCUUCCACUCGUGGGUAGCUACUAUGAGAUCUUCCCGGACCACUUGGGCAACCACUACCGACUCUUCCGCAAGUACGGCCAUGUUAUCAAGACUACCAACAUGGGAAAGACAACAUACCUGACUGAUAGCCCUGAAGUGGCAGCCGUCGCUCUAAUGGAGUCAGUCUACAUGACCAAGAAGAUUAAUGAGAACCACCCUCUCUGGGGUGUCAAGGACAACACAGCCAUCUUCAUCGGAGAUACCGAAACCGAGAACUGGCGUUUGGCUCACAAGUUCUUGCCACCAGCGAUGGGUCCCAAAGCGGUGCGUCACUAUACCCCGUUGAUGCAGGAGUGCGUGCGCAAGUCCUUUGCGGUCUUUGAUGAACUCGAUGCUCGUGGCAAGUCCUGGAACGCCUACCAGUACAUGGUGAAGCUAGCAUCACAAACCAUCGGAAAGUUCUCUCUGGGCACCGACUUCGAACACUUCACCGAUGUUGACGCCCCUUUGCACCCAAUCGUCACCAACAUCGCCAGUCUGCUAUCCCUCAAUAAGAAGAUCACUUCCCGAGGUGAAUGGUACCGCCACCUUCCCUUCGGCGAUCCUGCCCGUCUCAAGGUUGUUCAACGUACAAUCUACUCCCUUCUACAGGAGAAAAUCGAUUUAGUUAAGGGUUCCGGCAUCGACGGAAUGCCCAUGAACCAAGCUGCAGUUGAAGCCUCUUGCGUAGUCGACUACUUGCUCAACACCGUCGACGAAUCUGGCCAAAAGUUCCCUGAAGGCUUGAUUGUUGCAAACAUGCUCAUCGUUACCGGUGCCGGCUUCACGACCACCUCUGCCCUGAUGUCAUGGCUCCUUUAUUGCCUCGUCACCUACGAAGGCGCCCAAGACCGCCUCUACGAGGAAUUGUGUGAGCGCGGUGUCGCCAACACCGAUAAGCCCGUUGACUGGACGCCUGAGUUUGCCCAUAGCCUGACCUUCCUCGACUGCUUCGUCAAGGAGACCCAGCGUCUGCACAACGCCUCCUUCCAGCCUGGCCGCACGACAAAAACUGAGGUCGUCCUUCCCGGCGGAUACCGCCUACCUCCCGACAGCGUCAUCGUCCCCAACCUAUACUCUAUCCACACAAACCCAGAAGUCUGGCGUGAUCCUUUCCGCUUCGAUCCCGAUCGCUGGACUACCGAAGAGACUAAGAACAAGCAUCGUUGCGCUUACAUUCCUUUUGCUACGGGUCCCCGUGGCUGCAUUGGAUUCAACUUUGCGCUGCUCGAGGUUAAGAUCUUGUUGUCUGAGCUUGUCUCGCGCUAUGAGUUCACUCGUGAGGGCCUUGAGGCUGUCGAGUAUGAUCCUGAAUUCCAGUUGAUUCGGCCGUUGAACUUCUAUGUUCGCGCUAAGAAAAGAACUGCUACUGCUUAG